CGCAACAAGGCGUCUCGGGGUGGACAUAAGCGGCGUUCGUCUGUAGCUCGUAUCCACCCAGCCAAUCAGGACCGGAUGUCCACGGUGACCCAGAAGAGCAGCGACUCCCUCAGUGACGCUGACUACUUUGUUUCCUGGGGGUCUACAGUCAGAGGGGUCUUCCUGCCUGCCCUUCAUCACACCUUCAAGUCUCCCGACCUGGAGAAGUUGUACCAGCAGCAUGCAUCAAGCCAGAGGAUAACCUCUCUGGUUUUCACUAAUGUUAUCGACAUCAUCACCAAACUACACAUCCUGGGUCUGACCCUAUGGGCGGGGCCUCAGAGCCUGGACACAGCCAAUGGUUGGCUGGUCGGCCUGUUCAUCGCUCUGGGGGCUGGACUCUGCGUGCUGGUGCUCUGUUCUAAGGGGAUGAUGUCAUCGCCAGAGUGGUUGAGGUACAUGGCUCUAGCCAGCUGGUUGUCCCAGACAGCGCAGGUGUUGGGAGGUGUGGUGGGCGGGUUGGAGAAGGACCAGGCCUGGUACGUCCUCUUCACGCUGUUCUCCACCUACACCCUCCUGCCCCUCCCUUUGCUCUGGUCCCUCUCCACCGGUCUGCUCACCGCCACGCUGCAUCUCCUGGUGGAAACCGUUCAUCACUACGACGACACCGCGCUCUACAGAAAGGUUCUGGCGAAGGGCUUGUUGUACCUGGGUAUGAACACAGCAGGGUUGUUCAUCCACUACCUGUCAGACCACACACAGAGACAAGCCUUCCUGGAGACACGACGCUGCAUUGAGGGACGAGUACGCCUGGAGAGGGAGAACCAGAGACAGGAGCGCUUGGUGAACUCUAUCAUUCCGCGGUUCGUUGCCUUGGAGAUGAUCGCUGACAUGUCCAACAUGGAUGAUGACCUGUUGUCACAGCAGUUCCACAAGAUUUAUAUUCACCAGUACAAAGACGUCAGUAUUCUGUUUGCUGAUAUAAAAGGCUUCACGUCUCUGUCCAUGGUCCUGUCGGCUCAGGAAUUGGUCCGGACACUCAAUGAGCUGUUUGGACGCUUCGACCGCCUGGCUGAGGAGCACCACUGCAUGCGUAUCAAGAUCCUUGGGGACUGUUACUACUGUGUGUCAGGAGUCCCAGAGCCAGAGACGGCUCACGCUCGCUGUUGUGUGGAGAUGGGCCUCUCCAUGAUCAGCACCAUAAAGUAUGUACGAAGGGAGCUGAAACACGAGGUGGACAUGCGGAUCGGUGUCCACUCUGGCUCAGUGCUGUGUGGGGUGCUGGGGCUGCAGAAGUGGCAGUUUGACGUGUGGUCCUGGGAUGUAGACAUCGCUAACAUGCUGGAGGUAGGAGGGGUGCCGGGCCGUAUCCACAUCUCCCGGGCAACGCUGGACUGUCUGGGCGGGGUCUACGAGACGGAAGAGGGGCGUGGCCACGAGAGGAACGAGUUUCUACGGAAACACAAAAUCGACACGUUCCUGAUUCGCCACACGCCCAUGGAGAACGCUCCUGCCAAGAAGGUUCGCCGGCCCAGUCGAGAUGACACAAUUCAUGCUGGCUGGAGUACUGAGCUGCCGUUUGGAAACAUCAUCGGAAUGAACUGUAUCCUGGCGACCUUCAGCAACGGCUCUCUGGCCCAGUUACCUAACCAGCUGGCGGCUCAGCGGACGGGGACGCGUGAAGUCAACAAGAGGAUCCGCCGGGCCAUCGAGGUCCGGAGCAGCGAACGCAUGAGAAAGGAACACAUCACCACCUUCACACAGGAGUUCAAGGACACACACAUCGAGGACAAGUUUUCCCAGAUGCGUGAUGAGAUGUUCAAGUCAAACCUGGUCUGCUCCUUCAUCAUGCUCCUCUGCCUCAUGGGUGCACAGACCCUCGUCCCCGCCACAAGACUGUGUCCUAUGCUGGUCCAGUUUGGAGUGUGUGUGUGUGUGUAUGUGUUGCUGCUGGUGGUGGUCCUAGCUGAAGAGUUUAAACAGAGUCCUCUCGCGCUGCAGUUCCUGUGCUGCUGGAUCAACGAGAACAAGACUGUCAGAACACUGCUCACGCUCACCGCCAUUAUCAUCAACUUUGGAGUGGCCUCAUCUGAUAUACUGUGGUGUGUAGAGUCUGAGAUGGACCCUAACAACAGAAGCAGCUCUCAGCAGCACACCUGGUCCUGGCCUGUCAACAUCUGUACACACCCUGAGUUCCUGGUUUUCAGUGGGGUGGUGGCCAUGGUGUCGUGUGCUGUGUUCUUCAGGCUGCACUGUCUACUGAAGCUAGCUGUGUUACUUCUGGCCAUAACUGUCUACACGUACCUAAUAGAAGUCAGUUUCCACACACUGUUUAUACGCCAGACCUCUGAAAACACCAGGUACUGAAUAAACACACACACUGGUGACCGUCUGGGUGUGAAGGAUGUGUGUGUCCUGCUCAUGGCCAUGUUUGUGGUGGCUGUAAUUUACAACAGUAGACAGUUGGAGGCGACGGCGCGGCUGGACUUCCUGUGGCGUCUGCAGGCCAGACAGGAAGUGGAGGACAUGAAGGAGCUGAGGGAACAUAAUGAGUGUUUACUCUUUAACAUUCUGCCUUCACACGUCGCACAGCACUUCCUAGAGAGAGACCGCCACAAUGAGGAUCUGUACUCCCAGUCCUAUGAGCGUGUGGGGGUGUUGUUUGCGUCCAUCCCCGGGUUUACAGACUACUAUGAACAGAAAGAGUUGAUCCAUCAGGAUGUGGAGUGUCUCCGGCUUCUCAAUGAGAUCAUAGCUGACUUCGACGAGUUAUUAGAUGAGACAUAUUUCCAGGACAUUGAGAAAAUCAAAACCAUUGGCAGCUGUUACAUGGCUGCUUCUGGCCUCUCCCCUGAUCAACAGGAGUGUGGUGAUGAGUGGCGUCACCUCAGUGAGCUGGUGCUGUUUGCCCUGGAAAUGCAGGCGACGCUCAAACGAAUCAACACACACUCUGGAAACAGCUUUCAGCUCCGUGUUGGCAUAGCCCAUGGUCCAGUGGUUGCCGGGGUGAUAGGAGCCACUAAACCUCAGUAUGACAUCUGGGGAAUGACCGUGAACCUGGCCAGCCGUAUGGACAGCACCGGGGUCAGUGGACGCAUACAGGUCCCAGAGAGUACCAGUCAUGUCCUGUUGGAGCGCGGCUUCGUUCGCGAGCUGAGGGGGGAGAUCUAUGUGAAAGGUGUGAGCGAGCGGCAGGGGAACGUCAAGACGUACUUCGUGAGGAGCCGCGAGUCGUGUACCAGCUACGUGGAGCGCAGUGUGAACCGCGGGGGUCUGGGGAGGAACACUCUGUCUGCUCUGGUCUUUACUCUGGUCCAGACCAGGAAGAGAGAGACACAACGAGAGGCUAACGGAGGGUUCCACCUGCUGGAGGUCUCAUAGACCUGGGGCUGUAGAUCCUAUCGGGAGAGAAUUCAGCAUAUCCUCUCCUCGUUUGUUGGAUUAAAACUGCUUUCUAUGGUGGAUUACCUAAAAUGGAGAAGGGGGGUACAGGCUACAAGAGAGACACUAGAGGAGGGGAACGGAAGCUCCUCUUCUGGACUGCAGGACAGAGCAGAGUACUCUAUAGCAGUGGUUCCCAACCUUUUUUGGUUACAGUACCGGGUCAACUGUAUUUUGCUCAGCCCGAAGUACCCCUAUAGUACGUCAUGGGUCUUCUCAAGUACCCUCAGUGGAUUGGCCAAGUUCCCCCUGGUUGGGAAUCACAUGGACGACAGCACAGAGCAGAAAACUGACCAGUUGGAUAUACUGCUGUCUGCCACCCAACAGAAAUACAGUGGAUUAUAUACUUGUUAAAGGAAUUUUGAUUCCUGUUUAUUAACCAAUUCAAUUAAAACACUCUGCCCAUGAAUAAGAAUUUGUAAGAUAAUUAUCAGCAUAAAAUGGACAGAUACCAGUCUUAAAAUCAAUCAAUCAAUAGCGUUUAUUCUCGAGAGUACUGAUCAUAAUACAUUUUACAUCAGGUUAUAUAAUACAGAUGAUGUCAUAGGUUUUAAUGUCCAACCUCCUCUCGGAUACAAUGGCAGUAUAGUUCGAGUUCUCAUUACUGUCUGCCACCUGUUAAACUAUCUGCAACCAACCUCAAGGUCUUUCCCCUCCCUGGGUAGAGACAUCAUUCUAGCCAACCCAAGGUCUUUCCCCUCCCUGGGUAGAGACAUCAUUCUAGCCAACUCAAGGUCUUUCCCCUCCCUGGGUAGAGACAUCAUUCUAGCCAACCCAAGGUCUUUCCCCUCCCUGGGUAGAGACAUCAUUCUAGCCAACCCAAGGUCUUUCCCCUCCCUGGGUAGAGACAUCAUUCUAGCCAACCCAAGGUCUUUCCCCUCCCUGGGUAGAGACAUCAUUCUAGCCAACUCAAGGUCUUUCCCCUCCCUGGGUAGAGACAUCAUUCUAGCCAACUCAAGGUCUUUCCCCUCCCUGGGUAGAGACAUCAUUCUAGCCAACCCAAGGUCUUUCCCCUCCCUGGGUAGAGACAUCAUUCUAGCCAACUCAAGGUCUUUCCCCUCCCUGGGUAGAGACAUCAUUCUAGCCAACCCAAGGUCUUUCCCCUCCCUGGGUAGAGACAUCAUUCUAGCCAACCCAAGGUCUUUCCACUCCCUGGGUAGAGACAUCAUUCUAGCCUGUCUGAAGAUAAACCCAUUCUUUCUAAUCAAGGAACACAUAACAUUCAACAUUUAUGAUUAUUCAUUCUUACAGUAAUAUAGUAGUAUUCUGUUUAGUUAUAAUUCUAAGUCAAAUGUAUACGUAUUUUAGUCAUUAAACACAAAAAUCCCGUAACAAUACUGCUGUCUGCCACCCAACAGAAAUACAGUGGAUUAUAUACCUCUGUCUGCCACCCAACAUUGAGACAAUUGAGACAUGGAUUGUGCAUCUGUGCCAUUCAGAGGCUGAAUGGGGAAGACAAAUUAUUUAAGUGCCUUUGAACGGGGUAUAGUAGUAGGUGACAGGCGCACCGGUUUGUGUCAAGAACUGCAACGCUGCUGGGUUUUUCAUGCUCAACGGUUUCCCGUGUGUAUCAAGAAUGAUCCACCACCCAAAGGACAUCCAGACAACUUGAUACAACUGUGGGAAGCAUUGGAGUCAACAUGGGCCAGCAUCCCUGUGGAACUGGGCCAGCAUCCCUGUGGAACGCUUUCCACACCUUGUAGAGUCCAUGUCCUGAUGAAUUGAGGCAGUUCUGAGGGCAAACUCAAUAUUAACAAGGUGUUCUUAAUGUUUUGUACACCAACAGGACUACUGUGGGUUAUAUACCACAGUCUGCCACCAACAGGAAUACUGUGGGUUAUAUACCACAGUCUGCCACC